AUGGAAGAGCCUCCCGAGAAGCUCCUCAGCUCUGAGGAGAGGAAAAAGGCACUGUAUCCCUUCCCUCUGACUCUACCUUCCACUUGCUCAGUAUUCUUGGUGUUUUUCUUCCAGUUGAAAGAAAAAUUAGAUUUUUUGAAAAAGGAAUACAGAAAGAAAUUGGCCCGCCUUGAGAUUGAAGUAGCAGAUCUUCCUGCUGGUGACAGCUUAAAGUCAAUCAACCUACAAUUGGUGUCACAGUUAAAGAAUCCCUCAGGUUCCUGUUCUGUGGAUGUGAGUGCCAUGUGGUGGGAACAAGCUGGUUUUAAAGAGCCAUGUAUCGUAACUGCUUGUGAAUAUGUAGUUUCUCUUUGGAAAACUCUGGACUCUUGGCAGUGGAAAAAAAUUUAUACCUGGCACUUCACAGAGGUUCCAGUAUUACAAAUAGUUCCAGUGCCUGAUGUUUGUAAUCUUGUGUGUAUAGCUUUGGGAAAUUUGGAAAUCAGAGAAAUCAGGACAUUGCUUUGUUCCUCUGAUGAUGAAAGUGAAAAGCAAGUACUACUGAAAUCUGGAAAUAUAAAAGCUGUGCUUGGCCUGACAGAAAGGAGGCUAGUCAGUAGCAGUGGGACCCUUUGUGAUCAGCAAGUAGAAAUCAUGACAUUCGCAGAAGAUGGAGGAAGCAAAGAAAAACAGUUUCUGAUGCCUGCUGAAGAGACUAUACUAACUUUUGCUGAGGUCCAAGGGAUGCAGGAAGCUCUGCUUGGUACUACUAUCAUGAACAACAUUGUUAUGUGGAAUUUAAAAACUGGUCAACUCCUGAAAAAGAUACACAUCGAUGAUUCUUACCAAACUUCAGUCUGUCACAAAGCCUAUUCUGAAAUGGGGCUCAUGUUUGUUGUUCUGAGUCAUCCUUGUGCCAAAGAGAGUGAUUCGUUGGGAAGCCCUGUGUUUCAGCUGAUUGCGAUGAACCCUAAGACGACCCUGAAUGUGGGUGUGACGCUGUGCUGUCUUCCUCAGGGGCAGGCUGGAAGGUUCCUGGAAGGUGAUGUGAAAGAUCAUCAUGCAGCAGCAGUUUUGACUUCUGGAACAAUUGCCAUCUGGGACUUACUUCUAGGUGAUUGUACUGCUCUCCUUCCACCUGUCUCUGACCAAAAUUGGUCUUUUGUUAAAUGGUCAGGUACAGAUUCUCAUUUGCUGGCUGGACAAAAAGAUGGAAAUAUAUUUGUAUACCGCUACUCAUAAGAGAUGAAAACAGUUUUCUGGAUAUAUUAGCCUCUUAGGUUUUUGUUGGAGUUGUAACUGUAAAGGAGAAUAUCUGAGUGACAUUUAAAAUAAUUACUUGUAUGUGUCCAAACAGACAUUUUUUAUUCUGAAGGUGGGUAGCACUACUGAUCUUAAAUGUUCAUUUAUACUUACUUUGGGGGAAAGUUUUUUGUUUGAUUUUUGUAAUUCCCCACAUUUGAACAUUUCAAUUUAAAGGUAUUUAUAAAGCUUCAAAUGUCAAUAAAUAUUUAUUCUGAUACAG